AUGCCCCACUCCGUGACCCUGCGCGGCCCUUCGCCCUGGGGCUUCCGCCUGGUGGGCGGCCGGGACUUCAGCGCGCCCCUCACCAUCUCGCGGGUCCAUGCUGGCAGCAAGGCUGCGCUGGCCGCCCUGUGCCCAGGAGACCUGAUCCAGGCCAUCAACGGUGAGAGCACAGAGUUGAUGACACACCUGGAGGCACAGAACCGCAUCAAGGGCUGCCAUGAUCACCUCACCCUCUCCGUGAGCAGGCCUGAGGGCAGGAGCUGGCCCAGUGCCCCUGACGACGGCAAGGCCCAGGCACACAGGAUCCACAUUGAUGCUGAGGCUCAGGACUGCAGUCCAGCGACCAGUAGGCGGCCCUCCAUCACUGGGAUUGGGCCAGAAGAGGGCAGACCAGGCCUGGAAUCUCCGUAUGGACAGCCCCCUCGCCUUGCGGUCCCUCACAAUGGCAGCAACAGCGAGGGCGUCCUGCCAGCCCAGAUGAGCGCCCUGCACGUAUCUCCACCCUCCAGCGCUGACCCAGCCAGAGGCGUCGCGCGGAGCCGGGACUGCAGAGUCGACCUGGGCUCAGAGGUGUACAGGAUGCUGCGGGAGCCACCGGAGCCCACAGCCGCGGAGCCCAAGCAGUCAGGCUCCUUCCGCUACUUGCAGGGCAUGCUGGAGGCCGGCGAGGGCGGGGAGCGGCCAGGGUCUGGCGGGCCACGGAACCUCAAGCCCACGGCCAAGCUGGGCGCCCCGCUGAGCGGCCUGCAAGGCCUGCCAGAGUGCACGCGCUGCGGCCACGGGAUCGUAGGCACCAUCGUCAAGGCGCGGGACAAGCUCUACCACCCGGAGUGCUUCAUGUGCUGCGACUGCGGCCUGAACCUCAAGCAGCGCGGGUACUUCUUCCUGGACGAGCGGCUCUACUGCGAGAACCACGCCAAGGCGCGCGUCAAGCCGCCCGAGGGCUACGACGUGGUGGCCGUGUAUCCCAACGCCAAGGUGGAGCUCGUCUGA